GGCUCGCAGCUGGUUUCCGCUUCCGCGGACGGGUCCAUGCGGAUUUGGAACGUGGGCAAUCGACAGCUGCAGGGGGUGCUGUUGGGCCAUGCAAGCGGGGUGGUGGCUGCGGCCUUUGCGCCGUGCGGCAACGUCCUGGCCUCCGCGGCAAGUGACAACACGGUGCGGUUGUGGGAUCCGCGCAUCGCAUGUGAGGGUGGAAGCGUGGAGGAGGCUGCUGCCAGCCACAUGGAUUGCGUCACGUGGGUGGCGUUCAGCCCCAGCGGGGCGAUGGUGGCGUCGGCGGGGCAGGACUGGACGGUGCGGCUGUGGGACCCCGAGGAUGGGAGCCACAAGGCGUUGCUGCAGGGCCACACCGACGUGGUCCGCUGCGUCGCCUUCAGCCCCAGCGGCCACCUGCUGGCCUCCGCCUCCUCCGACUGGACGGUGCGCCUGUGGGACCCGCUGGCCAAGCUGGAAACGGGGGUGCUCACGGGGCACUCGGACCGGGUGCUGGCGGUGGCCUGGGCGCCCAGCGGCCGGCUGCUGGCGUCGGCGUGCCAUGGCGGGGUGGUGAUGGUGUGGGAUGCGGUGUCGAUGAAUGUACGGCUGACGCUAAAG